AUGGCGACCACGUCGAACAUGUUCCUGUACUCCUUGACGAUCCAGCCGCCGACGACCAUUUCGCAGGCGCUGCUGGGUCAGUUCUCGGGGACCAAGGAACAGCAAAUCAUCACCGCCUCGGGCUCGCGCCUGACCCUCCUCCUGCCGGAUCCCAGGCAGGGCAAGGUCAAGACCAUCUUGACGCACGAUAUCUUUGGCAUAAUCAGGUCCAUUGCCUCGUUCCGCCUCGCCGGCAGCCACAAAGACUACAUCAUUCUCGCUACUGACUCGGGCCGCAUCGCCAUCAUCGAGUACCUGCCCAAGGCAAACAAAUUCUCCCGCAUUCACCUUGAGACUUUCGGGAAGUCUGGCGUGCGGCGCGUCAUACCCGGCCAAUAUCUGGCUGCUGAUCCCAAGGGGAGAGCGUGCCUGAUUGCCUCGGUCGAGAAGAACAAGCUGGUCUAUGUUCUGAACCGGAAUGCGCAGGCCGAGCUGACCAUCUCGUCGCCGCUCGAGGCACACAAGCCCGGGGUUCUGGUCUUGUCGUUGGUGGCGCUCGAUGUCGGCUAUGCCAAUCCCGUGUUCGCCGCCCUAGAGAUCGAUUACUCGGAAGCAGACCAAGACCCCUCAGGGGAAGCGGCUAAGGAGGUUGAAGCACAGCUCGUCUAUUAUGAGCUCGAUUUGGGAUUGAAUCACGUCGUGCGCAAGUGGUCAGACACGGUAGACCCGACAUCUUCCCUUCUCUUCCAGGUCCCUGGAGGCAACGAUGGCCCAAGCGGUGUCUUGGUAUGCGGAGAGGAAAACGUCACCUACCGCCACUCGAACCAAGAGGCCUUCCGCGUCCCCAUUCCCAGGCGACGUGGUGCUACCGAGGAUCCGCAGAGGAAGCGCACCAUCGUGGCAGGCGUUAUGCACAAGCUCAAGGGCAGUGCGGGCGCUUUCUUUUUUUUGCUGCAGACCGAUGACGGAGAUCUCUUCAAGGUCACGCUGGACAUGGUUGAAGACAACGACGGGAACCCGACUGGUGAAGUUCGCCGUCUCAAGAUCAAGUACUUUGACACGAUACCUAUCGCCCAAAGCCUGUGCAUUUUGAAGAGCGGUUUCCUCUUUGCAGCCAGCGAGUUUGGCAACCAUCAUUUCUAUCAAUUCGAAAAGCUUGGGGACGACGACGAGGAGAUCGAGUUCACGAGCGACGAUUUCCCAACAGAUCCGAGGGCCCCUUACAACCCUGUCUACUUCCACCCUCGGCCACUCGAGAACCUCGUGCUCGUCGAAAGCAUCGCCUCUAUGAAUCCCCUGAUCGACUGCAAAGUUGCCAAUCUGACAGGCGAGGAUGCGCCACAGAUUUACUCCGUCUGUGGUAACAGGGCGAGGAGCACGUUCCGCAUGCUCAAACAUGGCCUGGAGGUGUCGGAGAUCGUCGCUUCCGAGCUUCCAGGCACGCCGUCUGCAGUCUGGACGACGAAGCUUACAAAGUACGACGAGUAUGACGGUUACAUCGUCCUAUCCUUUACCAACGCGACCCUGGUUUUGAGCAUUGGGGAGACUGUCGAGGAGGUUACCGAGAGCGGUUUUCUGACGACUGUUCCCACCCUGGCGGUCCAGCAGCUCGGCGAAGAAGGGCUGAUACAAGUCCAUCCAAAGGGCAUUCGACACAUUGUCCAAGGACGUGUCAAUGAGUGGCCGGCCCCUCAACACCGCUCGAUUGUCGCUGCCGCCACAAACGAGAACCAGGUAGUCAUUGCUCUGAGCUCCGGCGAGAUUGUCUACUUCGAAAUGGAUGCCGACGGGUCGCUUGCCGAGUACGACGAGAAGAAGGAAAUGUCCGGGACAGUCACGUCCCUCAGCCUGGGCAAGGUGCCGGAAGGACUUAGGCGGAGCUCAUUUUUGGCAGUCGGAUGCGACGACUGCACGGUUCGCAUCCUCAGCCUUGAUCCAGAGUCGACUUUAGAAAUGAAGUCGAUCCAGGCCCUGACAUCAGCGCCAUCCUCGCUCUCCAUCAUGUCCAUGGAGGAUUCUGCCGGCGGUAUGACGCUAUACCUGCACAUUGGCUUGCACUCCGGGGUCUAUCUGAGAACGGUCCUGGACGAGGUCACUGGCGAGCUGACAGACACGCGGCAAAAGUUCCUUGGCCCAAAGCCCACCAAGCUCUUCCAGGUCUCUGUCCGGAACCAGCCAUGUGUUCUUGCUCUUAGUUCGAGGCCAUGGCUGGGCUACACCGACCCUCUGUCCAGAAAAUUUGUCAUGACGCCGCUAAGCUAUUCCGAGCUCGAAUACGGCUGGAAUUUCAGCAGCGAGCAAUGCUUGGAAGGAAUGGUCGGCAUCCAUGCCAACUUCCUCAGGAUCUUCACGGUUGAGGGACUUGGUGAAACAAUGAUACAGAAAUCUAUUCCCCUCACCUACACUCCAAAACGGCUCGUAAAGCACCCGGAGCAGCCAUACUUUUACACGAUUGAGUCCGACAACAAUACCCUUCCGCCAGAGCUGCGGGCGCAGCUCCUAGAACAAUCAGGGGCCGUUAAUGGAGACGCUGCUGUAUUGCCGCCGGAAGACUUUGGAUACCCUCGUGCGAAAGGUCGUUGGGCAUCCUGCAUCAGCAUUGUCGAUCCUCUCGGCGAAGAACCGAAGGUCCUCCAAAGGAUCGACUUGGAGGGUAACGAAGCGGCUGUGAGCGCGGCCGUCGUUCCCUUCUCUAGCCAGGACGGCGAGAGCUUCCUGGUCGUCGGCACCGGAAAAGACAUGGUUCUCAACCCACGCCAAUUCACCGAGGGCUACAUCCAUGUCUAUCGGUUUCAUGAUGAUGGGAGGGACCUCGAGUUCAUCCACAAGACCAAGGUCGAAGAGCCUCCCAUGGCCCUUGUCCCCUUCCAAGGUCGCCUGCUUGCUGGUAUCGGCAAGAUGCUCCGGGUGUACGAUCUUGGCCUCAGGCAGCUUCUCAGGAAAGCCCAGGGCGAAGUGGCGCCGCAACUGAUCGUAUCGCUUCAGACUCAAGGCAACCGCAUCAUUGUGGGCGAUGUUCAACAGGGCGUAACAUAUGUCGUUUACAAACCCGAGAGCAAUAAGCUUCUCGCCUUUGCCGACGAUACGAUCAACAGAUGGGUCACAUGCACCACCAUGGUUGACUACGAGUCGGUGGCCGGCGGCGACAAGUUUGGCAACGUGUGGAUCCUGCGGUGCCCCGAGCGGGCGAGUCACGAGAGCGACGAGCCGGGCUCCGAAAUCCAGCUCCUCCACGCCCGCAACUACCUGCACGGUUCGCCGAACCGCCUCAACCUGAUGGUGCACUUCUACACGCAGGAUCUCCCGACAAGCAUCGUCAAGGCCAACCUCGUCGUGGGCGGGCAGGAUGUGCUCGUGUGGAGUGGGAUCCAGGGCACCGUCGGCGUGCUGAUCCCGUUUGUCAGCCGCGAGGACGUGGACUUCUUCCAGAACCUCGAGAGCCACAUGCGGGCCGAGGAUCCGCCGUUGGCGGGCCGCGACCAUCUGAUCUACCGCGGCUAUUAUGUCCCUGUCAAGGGGGUGAUUGACGGCGAUCUCUGUGAGAGGUUCACGCUGCUGCCCAACGAUAAGAAGCAGAUGAUUGCCGGGGAGCUGGACCGCUCGGUGCGGGAAAUUGAGCGGAAGAUCUCGGAUAUCCGAACGAGAUCUGCUUUCUGA